CGCACAGGGCGAAACUCCGGCUAAACUCAUAAACACUAACAUCGUUGAAGUUUAACUUGACGACUGGACAAACUGAUGCUAUUGGACAUCUCGAAUUGAACUCUAGGCUGUAGAUUUUCUCUUUGAAAAACACCCCAUACAGUCUGGAUAACGCCCCAGUGAAUGUGACAAUCAUCCAGAGCGCCCAGUUGAACAUGAUGCCGCGUUAUCCUGUUGAAGCUACCCCGCUAUUUACCUGAUUCUUGAGGCGUUAGUUGUUCCAUCAGGGACCACACUGUACUUCGCAAUCGUUUUCCAUCAGCUGCGAUCUGCGAGAUACGUCUGCGGGACACGCAUUCAGGAUUUUAACCCCACCACUCCACCACUUCACCAUGAUUGGUCUCUAACCAACCCGAUCAACCCAAAGUUCUACCAUGUCGGCGGCGGAGACGCUUCGUGCGAGAGAAGUGUACAGGUACUACCAACCGCGGAAUAUUCCAGAGUCUUCAGUCGAAUCGGAAUACUCUGCAGAUAAUGGCCCUUUGUCUCCAAGUCAUGCCCCUCCAAAGGACACAAACUUUGAUACGCAAAAGUCGUUCUCCGACACUGCGCUUACCGCCUUUGCCCAACUGAUCGCACUCCGUCUUGACUCCCAAAGAGCCAUUGUCUCUCUCAUUGAUCACGAGAAUGAGUAUUUUCUGGCUGAAUCAACGAGCAACUUGAGUCUUGUCGGUGACGAUGGUCAUGCUCAAAAUGCGUCGCUAUCUAUCAGCGGGGCAAGGGUCCCGCGCGCGGCAUCUCUUUGUGAGCAGACGCUGUGCCUUGUGCCAAACCAAGAUACAGCAGCUGAAAUGACUCCGGUGUUCCUGGUUCCAGAUCUCCUCUUGGAUGAAAAUACGAGCCAGCUGGAUUGCGUGAAAGGCGCGCCGUAUCUGAGGUUCUAUUGCGGGGUGGCUUUGACUAACAAGAGGGGCGUUAAUAUUGGCUGUGUUUAUGUUGUCGACGACAGACCGAGGACCGACUUCAGCCUUGAACAAGCCCAGUUCUUGACUACAAUGGCAGCUACGGUGAUGGACCAUCUCGAGAAUAUUCGGGCGAAGGAAGACAUUGUUAGAGUUACCAUGAUGAGCCAAGCUCUCCAUGCUUUCGUUGAAGGCGAGGGCACGAUGGACGGUGAUUGGCAAAGAGUCAAGAAGUAUAACCUUCCAGCUGGGGCUGGAGUGGGCUUCCUCUGGGAAAGCAAUACGAAUGACGUCGACGCAUCUGUAUCGACAGAAUCUGCGAACUCCGCAACCGAGACCCUCAUGAGCCAAACUCAAUCUCCCCUGCAGCAUAGCUCUAAUAAUCCGGAUGCGCGUUUUAACUUCAAUAACUCGCCCUGGAGCUCUUCCUCGUCACAAGUCCCAACGCUAAAGUCGGUAUUUGAGGGCGCCGAUGAUGUCGCAAGAAAGAUCACCAGCGGGAAGGACGCUGCAUUUUCCAAUGACGGGUUUUCAAAUCAGCUUCGUACAACGUUUUCUCGUGCCUCUAAUCUUAUCAGAGAAGGCAUGGAAGUUGAUGGAGCUGUAUUCUUUGAUGCCCCGUUCAGAUUCUAUCAGGGUCGCAGCACCCUUGAGACGGAUCCACGCCGAUUGGAAGGCAAGGACUCUGAAAGUUCGAGUGAUGAUGAAGUCAGGCCGGGACCACGCCCUCGUGUCCAGCGUUUGAAACGCGACGCCAACCACAGCAACGAGGGUGCAACCAAGUUGAAGUCCGACGUUUUAGGAUAUUCAACGCGAGAAACCUCUUCGUGGGCUGACCAAACCACAGGAUCUGACGCCAGUUUCACUGCCAUCGAUCAGAGUCUCCUAACCUCUCUUGUGAGGCACUACCCUCUGGGAGAGCUUUUUGUGUUUGACGAGAAUGGGCCGGUUAUGCGCCCGGCGGAUAUCCCCUCGCCAGACGGAUCACAAGUCACCAUUAAAAACGCAUCUUUCGACGCCAAGCUUGCCCGUCACAAUGCUCGUAAACGAAGUGAGAUUCUACGAUUACUGAAAGCAUUCCCAGGAGCCCGACAAAUAUUUUUCGUGCCCUUAUAUGAUUCAACAUCUGGAUGCUUUGUGGGAUCUUUCGCUUGGUCAACCUCAGCGACUCGGAUAUUUUCUAUUGAAAACCACUUGUCUUAUCUCAUAGCUUUUGGGCACAGCGUCAUGUCAGAAGUCACACGAUUGAAUACAAUGAGUGCAGACCUCGCAAAGGAUGACUUCAUCAGUAACGUUAGUCACGAGCUGAGAAGCCCGCUCCAUGGAAUUCUUGCAAGUGUGGAAUUUUUGGCAGAUACGGUCUUGGACGGAUUUCAACGAAAUCUAGUUGAUACAGUAGACAUCUGCGGCCGGACAUUGCUGGACACUAUCGAGCAUGUUCUAGACUUUUCAAAGAUCAAGAAGUUCGGACAGGUAAGUACGCAGCCGAUGGGAAGUGUUGCAAACCUCGACGUCUCUGCAAUUAUUGAAGAGGUGCUGGAUGGUGUUUUCGCCGGAUUCGAAUUCAAUGGACUAUCUUCACAAGGCCUGGCGGAUACAACCAAGAGCCGAAUGAGAGAAUCGUUGAACAGUCGUGAUACAGAUACCAAAGCGAUGGAUGAGCUCCAGUUUGACUUCUCUAAUGAUGCGCUUACAGUCAUUAUUGACAUAGACUUCAGAGACGACUGGCAUUUUCCCACCGUCCCAGGAACCUGGCGACGUUUGACAAUGAAUUUGUUUGGGAAUUCGUUAAAGUAUACAAGUGAUGGCUAUAUCAAGGUGAAGCUCGAAGCUCGAAGUAUACCGUCUGUGAAUCCAAGUGUGAAUAGCGACAGUUUCGACAGAACCAUGAUUACUAUGACGGUAUCAGACUCUGGGCAGGGGAUGUCAAGUGAAUUUAUGAAGACGAAAUUGUUCAUGCCUUUCACGCAGGAGAAUGUGACAGCCCCGGGAACCGGCCUUGGCAUGAGUAUCGUGAAGCAAAUCGUCGAUUUGUCAGGUGGGGUAAUCGAAGUUCACAGUGACCUCGGCAAGGGCACAGAGAUGAAGCUUAGCCUACCCCUGGAUGAUCGUCUACGACGAGCGAGCGAAUCGCCAGAGUUGAUGAUACCAACACCCGAAGAUUCCAUUAGUGCUGUUCGACGCCGUGCUCGUGGGCGCACGGUUACCAUCCGUGGAUUUGACAAUACGGCAGGGAAGUCGGAUCUCCAGAUAGAAGCGAUCACAAGUUUGAAGGCUUCGAUCGUAAAAUAUGCCGAGGAAUGGUUUAACCUGAAGGUUAACUCUGAUAAUUCGGUUGCUGACAUUGUCAUCUCGGAUGAAUCCGAGUUCCUCAAGUCGACCAAACUCAUAGAAGGUAGUUCGCAGCUAUUGCUCAUUCUCUGCAGUAACGGGGCUCGACGUGGUAUCUACACAUCUCAAUUUGAAGUCGGCCAACUUGUCGAGUUCAUCAGCAAACCAUGUGGCCCACAUCGUCUAGCGAAAGCACUACUGAAUAUCCUCGACGCAGAGGAUGCUCUCAAAAAGUCGAAAGCCGAUCAUGCCAUCCAGGCGGAACCACAGGUUGGACUAGUCUUGCCUGUAGUCUCACCACAAAAUACCAGGGCUAGAGAAACGGCUGAACCAAGACCAGCAUUCAUUCAUAGGAUGUCAAGUAAUGUGGCUGUGAGAUUGAACUCGAGCGAUGUGCCGAGCGAAAAUGCACUGAGCGAGCUAUUGAAAGGAACACUGAUCUCAGAGUCUGCGGGUGUUACGGAGUCACCACCCGUCCCACUAGAGCCACCAAAGAUGUUGUUGGUCGAGGACAACCCAGUCAACAUGAUGCUACUUGCAACCUACAUGAAAAGGAACGGCUGGGACUACGAAGAGGCAACGAACGGUUUGAUAGCUCUACAAGCAUUUCAAAACCGACCUCAGGGCUUCGAUGUCAUUUUCAUGGACGUAUCCAUGCCCAUAAUGACAGGCUACGAAUCCACCCGCAAAAUCCGCGCGGUCGAGGCCGAACGUCGCGCCGCUUACGGGGUCCAACUCCAAUCCCUUUCAUCGCCACCCACUCCGACCUCACCGCCUGCAUUCCCAUUCCCCACACCAGGACGCGUCACGGACCAACUACUCCCUGUCGAGACGCCGUUGCUGCAGCCGAUCAUCAGGCCGGCACUGGUCAUAGCGCUGACGGGCUUCAGCAGUCAGAAUGAUCAGGAAAUGGCGUUUGAUUCUGGGAUGGAUAUUUUUAUGACAAAGCCGGUGAGGUUUAGGGAUGUAGGCAGUAUUCUAGAGGGCUGGAUGAAGAGUCGGGAGGAGAGGAGUUCAUAGGGGUGGAUGGAUACUUAGGGGACAUAUUUAGAGAUCAGGAUGCCUUACGACAAACGAGGUUUUUUUUUGCAAAAUCUAAAGGUAAGGAAACAGGAUUGCUUGGGACACGCUGUCACAUAUAAUAGACACAUACACAUAUAUUUCUGCUCGCGAUA